AUGCAAGCGGGAACAAGGGACAAAGGGAAUACAGGGGACACAAGGGGACACAAGGGGACACGGGGGACACAGAGGACACAAGGGGACACAGGGGACACAAGGGACACAGGGAACAUAGGGGACACAGAGGAAACAAGGGGACACAGGGGACACAAGGGGAAACAGGGGACACAGAGGACACAAGGGGACACGGGGGACACAAGGGACACAAGGGACACAAGGAACAUAGGGGACACAGAGGACACAAGGGGACACAGGGGACACAAGGGACACAAGGGAAACAAGGGACACAGGGGACACAAGGGACAAAGGGAGACACAAAGGACACAAAGGAAUACGGGAGACACAGGAGACACAAGGGACACAGGGGACACAAGAAACACAAGGGGACAUAGGGGGACACAAGGGACACAGGGAGACACAAGGGGACAUAGGGGACACAAGGGGAUACGAGGGACACAAGGGACACAAAGGAACACAGGAGACACAAGGGAAACGAGGGGACACAUGGAACACAGGGGACACAAGGGACACGGGGCACACAAUGCAAGCGGGAACAAGGGACACAGGGAAUACAGGGGACACAAGGGGACACGGAGGACACAGAGGACACAAGGGUACACGGGGGACACAAGGGACACAGGGAACAUAGGGGACACAGAGGACACAAGGGGACACAAGGGGCAACAGGGGACACAGAGGACACAAGGGGACACAAGGGACACAGGGAACAUAGGGGACACAGAGGACACAAGGGGACACAGGGGACACAAGGGAAACAAGGGAAACAAGGGACACAAGGGACACAGGGGACACAAGGGAAACAAGGGUAACAGGGAGACACAAAGGACAAAGGAAUACGGGAGAUACAGGAGACACAAGGGACACAGGGGACACAAGAAACACAAGGGGACAUAGGGGGACACAAGGGACACAGGGAGACACGAGGGGACACAGGGGACACAAGGGGAUACGAGGGACACAAGGGACACAAGGGACACAAAGGAACACAGGAGACGCAAGGGAAACAAGGGGACACAAGGAAAGACAGGGGACACAAGGGACACAAGUGGACA